AUGGCGCCGGCUCUGCGCGAGACGGCGGCGAAGCAGGAGGCGAAGAAGAAGGCGAUGGCGACGGCGGCGAUCGUGUUCGGGGACUCCAUCGUGGACCCCGGCAACAACAACGACCUCUUCACGCUGAGCAAGGCCAACCACCUGCCCUACGGCAAGGACUUGGCCGGCCACAUCCCCACCGGACGCUUCUCCAACGGACUCAUUCCCUCCGACUUCCUCGGUACGCGCCGGCUUAACCUGAAGCAACUCCUUCCUCCGUACCUUGGCGUGGCUCCGGAUUCGACCCCCUCACCCCGGGGAGCCCAGCGGAUCGGCUUCGUGGGCCUCCCGCCCAUCGGGUCCUUGCCUUGCCAGCGCACGUUCGCGGGAGGCCUGGUCCGGCGCUGCGUCCCGGACCGGAACCGGGCGGCCCAGCUCUACAACUCCAAGGCCCAGGAGCUCAUGGCCAUGCUGCAGGGGAAGGAGCCCGGGGGGGUGCUGCGGCACCGGUUCAUGCUGCGUCUCUGA